GCAAACGAUUCAAGACGAAAGUUGUUCAUGCUAGAGGAGCCAUAGCAUCGUCAGAUAGCCAUCGUCUCCCCGCGCCAGCCCACACACCCAUGGAGGCGAUCAGCCAGCCGACCUAUCUGAUCGGAAGCCGCUUCACGCAAUCCUCGCCUACCCUCGUGCCCCACAUCCAAUACCACCUCUGUCGCUGCAACACCAAUAUGCUCCUGCGCAUCGAGAACGAACUCCUCCAAAGCCACCGUCAAAGAGAAACCACUGGCAUAAAGAAGUUAUACAACUCAUUCUUCGUUCUGUUUUAACGUGUGAAAGCGGGACGCCGUUAUCAUUUCAUCUCACCUCAUCUAGGCUUAGGUUUCGGGCAUGGCCCAGUAAUGUAUAUGGACAAUCCAGAUAUGUCUGAUCGUAAUGAUCCGUUCACUUGGGAGUCUUCAGUGAGGGUGACCUUGGUGGGGAGAGAGGAGGACUUCGGGAUGUAUUUGGAGGAGAGAGAGGGGAGGAAGCGGAAGUGGCACGAGGGGGGGAAGAUGAUGAGGAGGGAUGAGAAUGAGGAGAAAGAACUGAGGAAG